CCUCGCGGCUGGACGGCAACACCUCCGUCCGGGAGCAGGCCCUGCCGCAGCCCGUCUCCCCUCUGAGCACUGCCACAGGCCAGUUGAGUGGGAAGCAGGUUCUGUCUGCAACGUCGGAUGAGCGGGUAAAAGACGAGUUCAGUGACCUUUCUGAGGGGGACUUCUUGAGUGACGAUGAAAGCGAGAAGAGAAACGUGCAAUCCUCAGACGACUCCUUCGAGCCUUACCCCGAGAAGAAGGUUUCUGGCAAGAAAAGCGACAGUAAAGAAGCAAAGAAGGCGGAAGAGCCCAAAAUAAGGAAGAAGCCGGGUCCUAAGCCAGGCUGGAAAAAAAAAAUCAAAUGUGAACGGGAGGAGCUGCCCACCAUCUACAAGUGUCCUUACCAGGGCUGCACUGCUGUCUACAGAGGGGCUGAUGGCAUGAAGAAACACAUCAAGGAGCACCACGAGGAGGUGCGGGAGCGGCCCUGCCCUCACCCUGGCUGCAACAAGGUGUUCAUGAUCGACCGGUACCUGCAGCGGCACGUCAAGCUCAUCCACACAGGCCCGGCCCCGUAGGAGCCAUCCGGCACCGGAGAUUUUUAAUCUACGUUUUAGUCUCCCAAAGAACUCGGUGGAAUUAGCUUCAGCUUGCUCAGAAAGGCUUGUUCUCAUGCAGUGAUUGCCAUGCUCACGUCUGACUCAGCAGUGUUGUACUCUAACCCCGGGGAGGGACGCUGGCAGCACCGCCGUGUCCCCCAGCCCCACGCACACCUUGUGCAAACCAAGUUGGCCACAACUGCCCCCUGCCUGCACAGAGGUGACCCUGGGGGCUCCAGGGGGACAGAGGACAGUGGGACAACUUCAAGGAGACAUUUUGUUUUGGAAAAGAAGAAGGAAAA